UAUAACUACUACCGGAUGAAUAAAAAUAAAAGUUAAAGAGGACACCACAACUUGCUGUGUGUUCUAUCUCGGAUAAAAUCGCUUAUUUGUGUGUGUCUGAUUUGUAAACCACAGGAAAUGGGUAGAUGCUGCAAAUGCAAUGGCAGACUGCUGUGCAUGUGCCUGUUGCCCUUCAUGAUGACCGGCCACCUCCUGGUUUACAUCUUGGUGACCAUAUUCGUCACCAUCUCCUAUGCACCUCCCAAAAUACCUGUCCACUAUAUCGCCCCUGGAAUCUCCUCAAACUCUAGUGAUUUGGCAUCUUACCCACUCAGCCCUUUCUGGAGGCUUCGUUUGGAGGAUGGUGCAGUUUGGAACCAGUUGCAGCACGCCUGGGACCGCCUGCACAAUCCAAUACUCCGAGGAAAUGCCAGUGGCGUAAUGAAGAAGCCAAAAGCCAAGCUUGUUUCAUCAAUCAAAGACGACUGCCAUUCAGACUGUGUGUCCCACAAGUGUUCAUUUCCUCGUCUGCAUGAUUUCAACAGCUUGCCAGAAGGAAUGAAAGCAUUUGUCAAGUCAAUGCACUGCAGAGAAUACCCGCUUCUUAUUAAUCAGCCUAGUAUUUGUAGGGAGAACAGCAGUGGCUUUGGCCUGACAUCUCCAAUGCUUCUCAUGGCUGUCAAAUCUCAAGUGGGAAACUUUGAAAACAGGCAGGCCAUCCGCGAAACCUGGGGACGAAGCGGUCUGGUGAAGGGGGAGUUUAAUAAGAAAGGAGGAUUAGUGCGCACAGUGUUUCUCCUUGGAAGGCAGGACUCAAGCACAGGUCCUCACCCGGACCUCAAAAACCUCCUUGAGCUCGAGAACCAGAAAUAUGGGGAUAUCCUGCAGUGGGAUUUCAGAGACACUUUCUUUAACCUGACCCUUAAGGAUUUGCUUUUCUGGCACUGGCUACAGCAAUACUGCCCCAAAGCUAUCUUCAUCUUCAAAGGUGAUGAUGAUGUGUUUGUUCGGACAGAUGCGCUCCUCGAUUACCUGAACAAGCAGUGGGACGAGCACAACUUAUGGAAAGCAUAUACAAAUGACAGUGACAAGGGGAUGGAUCUGUUUGUUGGGGAGGUGAUCAGCAAUGCCAGCCCAAACCGUGACCCAUCCACAAAGUACUACAUACCAGAAAGCUUCUACAAAGGCGUGUACCCACCAUAUGCUGGUGGAGGAGGGGUGGUGUACUCCGGCUCUCUUGCACUGCGACUCAAAGAGGCAUCUGACAAAGUUUACCUCUUCCCUAUAGACGACGUCUAUCUGGGCAUGUGCCUGAAUAAAAUCGGGAUCCUCCCAAAUCAUCACUCAGGCUUUCUGACGUUUGAUCUAGUGGAGACAAAGAGGGGCAAUCCAUGUUCUUAUAAAUCUGUUCUGCUUGUGCACAGGCGGAGUCCCAAGGAGAUGCUGACUCUAUGGACACAGCUCCAGAAUCUGCACAGUCAAUGCUGAAGCUAAUUUGGCAGGCAAAUAUACAGUACAGGUUGAGUGCUGCCACCACAUUCAUUUGAAAAGGGUGCACAUUAUGGUGUCAAUCAGCUCUACCCUUAGCGUGCCCUCCAAAGACUUACAUAACACAAUAAUUCAAGGAUCUACCUCAAAUAGUACUUUGUUUUGAGGGCAUUAAGCAAUAUAGGAAUAUACUUAAUU